AUGGGUAUUAAACAGCUUUUCUCGAUCAUCAAAGAUGAAGCGCCGGCGGCCAUCAAGGAGGGCGAUAUCAAGAACCAGUUCGGUCGCAAGGUUGCUAUUGAUGCCUCCAUGAGCAUCUACAGCUUCCUAAUCGCCGUCCGCUCCGACGGCCAACAACUGAUGAACGAAGCCGGCGAGACCACCUCGCACCUAAUGGGCAUGUUUUACCGCACCCUCCGGAUGGUCGACAACGGGAUCAAGCCACUCUACGUAUUCGACGGCGCUCCUCCAAAACUCAAAUCGGGCGAACUCGCCAAGCGCUUCCAGCGCAAGCAGGAAGCGACCGAAGGUCUGGAGGAAGCCAAGGAGACGGGCACGGCCGAGGACGUGGAGAAGUUUUCGCGGCGCACGGUGCGCGUUACGAGGGAACAUAAUGCCGAGUGUCAAAAGUUGCUGAAGCUGAUGGGAAUUCCGUAUAUCGUUGCGCCGACCGAGGCCGAGGCGCAGUGCGCGGUGCUGGCCAGGGCCGGGAAAGUUUAUGCGGCGGCGAGCGAGGAUAUGGAUACGCUGUGCUUCCAUACGCCGAUUUUGCUGAGGCAUUUGACGUUUAGCGAGCAGAGGAAGGAGCCGAUUCAGGAGAUUCAUACGGAUAAGGUUUUGGAGGGGUUGGGGAUGGAUCGGAAGCAGUUCGUCGACCUCUGCAUCCUCCUCGGCUGCGACUACCUCGACCCGAUCCCCAAAGUGGGACCCAGCACCGCCCUCAAGCUGAUCCGCGAGCACGGCACGCUCGAGGAAGUAGUAGAGUGGAUGAAGGCCGACCCCAAAGGCCGCUACCAGAUCCCGGAGGACUGGCCAUUCGAGGACGCCCGAGCUUUGUUCUUCGAGCCGGACGUGCGGCCCGCCGACGACCCGCUGUGCGACUUCAAGUGGGAGAAGCCUGACAUCGAGGGACUGGUCCAGUUCCUCGCCCACGAGAAGGGGUUCUCGGAGGACCGCGUCCGCAGCGCCAGCAUCAAGCUCCAGAAGAACAUGCAGACGUCGCAGCAGGCGCGAAUCGAGGGCUUCUUCAAGGUGCUGCCCAAGACCGAGGAGGAGAAGAAGGCGCAUAAGCGCAAGCUCGAGGAGCAGGCGGAGCAGAAGAGGAAGAAGGUCAAGGAGGAGAAGAAGGAGAAGGCCAAGUUGAAGGCGAAGCCGAGAGGUGCUUAG